GCGCGUCCGGCUGUCACGUGACGCGCACAUCCGGGUACCGCGGCGGAGUCGUCGUCGAGGCGGCAGUUUGCCCGCGGCCGCCUCCGUCGUCCGCGCGUUGCCAUGGGCGCGAUUUUUGAGGAGAAGAGCAGCCCCUCGUGCGAGCGCUCCAUGGCUGGAGGCUGCCGGGGCCCCGAGCAGUCGCUCCCAGCGCAAGCGCCGCACGACGCCAACACGGGCUGCUACAACAGGAAUGACGGCGCCGGUCUCCGGCGCUCUUCCUCUCACCGGGUUCCAGCCAAGAGCCGCUCCACCUCCUCCUCCUCCUCUUCUUCCUCCUCCACCUCCUCCUCCACCUCCUCCUCCACCUCCUCCACCUCCUCCACUUCCUCAUCGGCCUCAUCACGCUCGGUGCACCGCCACCACCACCACCGCCACCACCACCACCGCCGGCGCUCACGUGGCAGCCGCAGCCGGCGCCGUGCCCGCCGGUGCAGCUGCUCACGGUGCCGCUCACCGUCACCACCGGCACGCCGCUCGCGGGCCGCUCACCCUGCUCACCCUGCUCACCGCUACCGGCGCUCGCCCAGUCGCUCGCGCAGCCCUCGCCGGAGCCACCGCCGCCGUCGGUCACCGUCACGCUCACCGUCACGCUCACGCUCAACGUCGCACCGCCACGGUCGUAGCCGGGAGCGCGACCACCACCACCACCACGACCACCACCACCACCACCACCACGACCACCACCACCACCACGACCACCACCACCACCACGACCGGCAUCGCAGCUCCAGCCGGGGCUCCAGCCGGGGCUCCAGCCGGGGCUACCGCAACUCAGCCAUGGAGGCACAGGAGGCGCUGGCUCGCCGGCUGGAGCGAGCCAAGAAGAUCCAGGAGCAGCGGGAGAAGGAGGCGAGGAAGCAGCAGCUGAAGGAGGCAGCCGUGCUAGCGGCAGCAUCGGCGGCGUUGCUGGGCGCCGACUCGGCAUCGCCGAUGGACCCCCGGAUCACCGUGGCAACCCUGCGGGCGCUCGCCGGGUCCCUGGCCGGCGCCGGAUCAGUGGGCGGCGCCACCACCUCCACCUCGUCGUCGUCAGCGUCGUUGUGAAGGGGGAGGGAGGGGGGAGGAGGGGGAGCAGCAGCAUGGGGGAGGGAGGGGGAGAGGAGCAGUGGCAAUGUGACGUCUCAUACAGAACCCUUGUGUCAUCUCAUCGUGUGAGUCAAUAGAACUCUGUGGGAGUCUGUGGGUAAGCAUCUGUAGCCCCAGAGGUCGCCACCGAGGUUACCCAAAGGUCGCCCCUGAGGUUGCCCCGAGGUCACCCAGAGGUCACCCCCUAGAUUACCCAGAGGUUUUCCUGAGGUGUUCCCGAGGUCACCCCGAGGUCGCCCAGAGGUCACCCAGAGGUCACCCUGAGGUCGCCCUGAGGUCACCCCCAAGGUCGCCCAGAGUUCACCCCGAGGUCACCACGAGGUUGCCCUGAGGUCAUCCUGAGGUUACCCCCAAGGUCGCCCUGAGGUCGCCCUGAGGUCAUCCUGAGGUCAUCCUGAGGUCACCCUCAAGGUCGCCUCUGAGGCCACGCCGAGGUCGCCCAGAGGUCACCCGACGCGCCGAGGCCGCCCUGCAGCCAGCUGUGACGAGAUGUUGACUACCUCGCCUGGUCUGCAGGAGGUCGUGGGUUCGAUCCCGACCCUGACGAUGCCUGCUGCUGUAUAUUUGGAGUCUACGUCUCUCUCUCAUCAUCACCACGGUGACUAGGAGAUGUUAACUACCUCGCCUGGUGCGCAGGAGGUCGUGGUUUCGAUCCCGACCCUGACGAUGCCAGCUUCUGUAUGUUUGGAGUCUGCGUCUCUCCCAUCAUCAUCAUCACGGUGGCUAGGAGAUGUUCACUACUUCUGCGUCUCCCCGUGGUGGUCACUGCGUGGAUUGUUCUCCGAGUUCCUCUGGUUUUCUCCCUCCACGUUUGGAACCAACAUCACCACGUGUUCUUGGUUCUUUCGGUAAAAUCACGUAGAAUGGAAAUAAUAAAAUAAUAAAAAUAAAACAUAAAACAAUUCUCACGACGUUUCGGCCACAACGCAAGCAGCCGUCCUCAGGUGGAGAGCAGGUCUGUUGAGAAGACGGAGUCUGAAUGACACACCCCAGGCUUGGAGCGUCUAUUUAAGCUGGGUUAGAGGGGGAAGAGCGCCUUGACAAAAGAAUUUGCAUAUCAAGAGGAAUUUACGUGUUUCGAGUGUUUGCCUCCUGCUAUAGAUUCCCUACCAACGACGACGACGACGAAGACCAGCGGUUGAGCUGCUGUCAGUCGUGAUGGCCAAGAGCUCAACGGGGCCUUACCUGGUUGUAGUAGAAGUGUUAGUUUUCCCUCCACACUUACACAUCACGCCUAUAGAGUCAUUUGGCUGAGGCUGAUAUAAAUUUCCCACGUGAUCAUCAUGAUGAUGAUAAUCUAUUAUUUCUGACUAGACUAGUAUUCAUCAUAGAAAGAUUGAUAAAGUUGUGCGCUUACCAACGUCAUGGGACGUCUCUCCCUGUGACUUGUGACGGCGUCUGCGGGGAGGACGGCAAAGUGGUGUCGGUGGGGACCAACUCGAUCCCGGGAGUCGACACCGAACCGCCUGGUUCUCUCUCUCUCGAGCGAUCAUCAUAUUCAUCACAGACAGACAGAGAAAGUUGUUUAUGUAUCAUUAUAAUUUUACAUCUGGAAGACUUAAUUGAAAGCGACAUUUCGUGUUAAUUUUCUCUCGUCGCUAAGUAGAUGUCCUUGCUGGGGGUUCGUUCGACGCGAACUUUCACCCGGUUGGGAUUGCGGGGUCGAGAUGGGGCGACACGGAGCCGCUGGCCGUGCGAGGAGACCGCCGCCGUCUGCAGGUCGAUUCGCACGUCAUCGAGCGUCUGCCCUCGCACCUCCGUCGUGCAUGCAACGACGGAGGUGCGGCGUUCACGAUGUUCAUCGCGGAUAAAGUUGGGCGUUUAUAUCGUUAUUCAGUGGGCCGCCUGGUUCUGGUCAAUACCACUGGUCAACACUUUUUCUGGCAUAAACUAUUCCAAUGUUUUUUUUUUUGGGGUGCUGAUUCCAAAUCUGGCAUCAGUUUUUGUCUAUCACAUCAGGUUUUUGAGAUAUCAAAUAUUGCAUUUUCAAUAAAAACUGCAGAAGAAAAAUAUUAAAUAAAUGUGGGUAUCUACAUAAAAUUAUAUUAUAAACACACUAUCCUAAAAAUACAGCACCAUAUUUUAACACUAAAGCAGUCGCUGACUCGCAACAACUUGCAAUCAUAAGUGACAGAGUUAAUUUCGGGUAAAAUCAAUGAAAACGGGGUAUGCCGAUAGCAUAAAAAUGAGAUGUGAUAGAGCAAAUCUGAGAUCAGAUUUGGAAUCGGCACCCUGAAAUUAGUCUAGAACAGCUGCAAAAGUCCAGACCAUAAAAAAAUGUUUUUUCUUUGUUGACCAGUGUAAUAGAUACCGUAGUUUAGAAGUUAGCAAGUCACACUUAAUUGGGUUGGGUUUUUGACCACUUUCGUGAGGGUGCAUUGGUGUUUUCCCGGUUCCUGCCCCUUUCGUCACAAGCCCGCGGGCCCGGCACCGACUGUGCAGCAGCCGCAGCAGCAGCAGCAGCGGCAGCGGCGGCGUCGAAGGCGAGUUGGUGGGUCACCGCACAGAUGGGGUCGUGAAACUCUCUCCUCGCUCUGCAGCGCUCGCUCGUGGGCAGGUUGCCACCCAUUGUCAGACAGCAGUAGAGAGAGACUGGGGCCCUCUGAGCACGGGGCUGCCUGGCGCCAUCUGUUCAGUUAAUAAACCCGUUGCGUGAAGACA